AUGUAAUUUGAAAGCUCACCAGCUGUAAUUUCCAGCCCAUUAGUUCAGGAUUUCUUCACAGAUGUAUUUAAGAUUUUCUCGUCUAUUCCAAUUGAAUACUACAAGUACUCUUCAAUAGUCUUAGGAAGCUUUUCGCUCUAUGAAGGGAUUAUUUAAAAUGUUUUGUAGAGUGUUUCCUCCUCCAAAUCAUCAUCUCAGCCUACACUUGACUUGAAACAUGGUCAUAAAUAACUAGAUAUAGCAACCAAAGAUCAUUUAAUAAAUGAGGUGAUUAAGAACAAGGACAAGUUUCCACUUAAUAAUUAGAAGACCAAAUUAAGCAUGAAAAUUUCAUUGGAGAAUUUACUAGCACUUUUCUACUUUGUUUACCAAAUUUUUAGAAUUUUAGAAGUGAUAACUCCAGUCAUUUCAAUAGCUGCAGCUCCUUUCGCUUUGCUAAUACUUUUCUAAGAUCAUAAGUCAAUAGCAAAAUCUACUCUCUAUAAAGAAUUCCUAAAUGGCACUAGUAUUUGCUCUUAUAUUCUAGCAUUUUUGAUUGGUUCAAUGGCGAUAUUUUAUCCAUUGACAAUUUAGUUACUUGUAUUAAUACUUUAUGACUAAAACUUUGAUUUCUUUACUCUUUUAGACAUAGUAUUUUUGCCUAUAAUGAGUAAAAUAAUCAUGCAAUUGCUGCCUAUAGCUGGGGCUAGAACUUAUGUCAAAAUGGCAAAGACUGUAUCAGGUGGUAUUUUUUGA